GUAACGCGGUCUUCCGGAGCUCUGGCGGAGCUUUUGAGAGAGCGGUACUCCCGGGAGAAUAAAGACUAGCGACGCACGUGGGACGUUUCGCGCCGAGGAGAAUCUGUGGACGUAAAUCUCUGAUUCGCUGGAGAUUCGGCCGCCACCAUGGUCAGCGACCGAGGAGAUAUUGUCGAACGCGAAGCGCAAAGACUCGUGAUGGCAAUAACAUCCGGAGCCACGAAUCUCCUCGCUGUGAUCGAAUCCAUGGGAUCCACUCUGAAUUCCGAGGAAGUUGUGGUGCGGAAAGAAGCUCUGGAGACCCUGGGCGAGGUUAUCCGAAGCAUCCCGUCCGGAUCUCUGAACGAGGGUGAGGUCGCACCACUGCUGGCGUACUUCACCGCGCAGCUCAAGGGCCACCCCGAUCACUCCAGGGCGGCCAUCAUCGCUCUGAAAGCUCUUUUCGAGAAACAGCCAGUCCCAAAAGACGCGGUGGGACUAUUCAUAGAACGAUUCUUCAACGACACGGCCCUUGUUGAUCUGACGCGAGACGACAAAAUGAAGCUGUACCUGAUUUUCCACAAGAUCCUGACCGAUGCGUCUUUCCUAGAAGCAGCUAAGAAAAUGCACAGUGCUUUCCUUCCCGGUUUCCUCCAGCUCAUCGAAGCAGAAACCGAUCCUCAGUGUCUGAUGCUAUGUUUCUCCAUGUACCAAAUCGUUGUUAGAAAUUUCCCGCUCGGGGUUUAUGCGGAAGACAUGUUCGAGUACCCUGCAGCCUAUUUCCCGAUAGACUUCAACGCGCCACCAGAGCGUCACGGAGGCGUCACGAGGGGCAAACUGCAGGAAGCUGUCGAGGAGUGUCUUCUGAGCCACAAAUCGUUCGAAGAACAUGUGAUAAAACUCUGUUUAGAAAAGUUGACGUCUCAGCACCCCGAUGCCCAGAUCGACUCACUACGACUGUUGAAACGAGCCGUAUUGAAGUAUGAUGCGUCCAUCGCUACAGAAUAUUCUCAAGCCAUCUGGCCGACGUUGAGGAUGCUCUACAUGGGGCACCGGGGCGAGCCCCUCUACGAGGAGGCCAUUUUCAGGAUGGUAACGGCCCUCGGGCAGAGGCUCUCCGAGGUUCCCGAUUGGCGAGGAGAGGUAGAGAAGUUCUCGAAAACCUUGUGGACAGAUUUCGAAGCUGUCGAAUCCUUUGUAGAACAUUCCGGUUGGCGCUUCAUAGUCGCUUUUGGUGGCGGCUCGACGCGUUGCGCGACGGUUAUACUGCCGAAGGGCUUCAACAAAGUGACUUCGUUAAUAAGCGAUGGACAAAACAUCAACGACUCGUCAAUCGACGCCGCUUGCGCCCUUGUUCACGUUGUUGCCUCGCUAAAGGAUGGUUUCGGGGAUGAAACUCUCCGCAAGUGCGUCGAAAUGCUGGCCAGUCAAGGCUGUGCUCUACUCUUGGAUCAGUCACGAAGAGAACACCACGUGAAGCUCUUGGGCAUGCUGACUAUGGUCUUGCCCCUUGACACCGCGAUCAGGGAUGCCGAGAAAGAAUCAAUCAAGAGAUUCAUCGAGAAUUCUAUUCUCUCGAGCUCGAGCAUACCAGCGCAUGCUCUGAAGAACUUCAUAGCGGCUUGCAGCUCUCAUUUCGGUAAGAGCUUCGGUGCGGAUCUCUGCAAGCUCGGGAAGGAGUGUCGAUGCGUUUGGUUGCUCGCGGGGCUGGUUGACAAGAACGGUCAGAACGCUGAAGAGAUCUGUCACGAAUUGCUAAGCAUCAGAGAUUCAUCUGCAUUGGAGGCAGUUCAAGAAAUCCUCCUCAAUCAUCUCCCUUUGGCUGACACAGUUUUCAACGAGCUGCUGACGACCUUCGAGGAAAUACCCGAUGAUGUGACUCAACACUACCAAGAUCUUCUGGCUAUUGCUACGAGAUCGGUCCCGUCGAGCGUUAUCAGCACGCAGAUCGACAGCCUCUGUGGGCGAUUGAGCAUAGAUUCCACAUCCUUGCUCCAAUUCCGCGUUGUUCUGUCGAAUUGUCCUCCAGCCUAUCUGACAGCAUCGACGUGUCGAAUUCUAGCUGACAAGCUGAGCAGUAUAGCUAAGACUUCGGCAUCAUCAUCCUUGAUCUUGAGUCAGUGCCUGGCAUUAUUAGCGAACAAACAUCAAGAGGGCUCGGAUGCCAGUUGGCUCAGGGAACUCCUGGAGAGUGAUUGUCUAUCAGUCAGCUACAUUGCGAAAGGACUCUUGAUGCGGAAUCACGAGCUCUGCGAGAACUUCAUGGAGGUCGCCUUCAGAAACAUCUGCGAUCAUAAUGAGGGUCCGGUCAGCUUUGCAACCAUCGUGAAACCCGAACCGAAAAUCUUCCCUCGGGAAGGAGGGUGCACCGCGAGAAUAUUAUAUACCCAGAGAUUCAUGACCUGGUCGAUGCCAAGACUUCUGGAAAGAUUCGACACCGCGUCUGAAACGGAGAAAAUUGCGCUGUCCUCUGCGAUAUGUCUCGCGCUGCAUGAAGUCUCCUUGGAAAUCGCCGAGAAAUUCACGUCUAAGCUCCGGCCUGUGAUCCUUUGGUGCUUGAGCCAGCCCUCGCUGCCGGCGGAGCCGAGUAAAGGUCUCCUCAAGUGUAUUCGACGAAACUUCCCACAGCUGCAGCUGUCGAUCCAUGCGGUCAUCCAACCGCUGCUCCGAUGGAGUCAGAGACCGUCACCGAUGGAGCUCCGGAUAGAAGCGAUAUCCGGUCUCCAUGAGUUGAAGGAUCAUUUCGAAACGCAUCAACUGCUGCCCCACAAGAAACAAGUCUUGAAAUCCCUACCCAUCGGUGACAGAAAACGCUUGAUUCGGCGAGCGGCAGCGUGCACGAGCGUGACCUGGCACAUGUUGGGAGAAGCUUGAGCUUCGAGCUCACCGGAUCGAGACCCACAAUCAUUCCAAUCGGGGAGCCCCCGGUCGAAAUCCCAACGAUGCUCUUCGAGACCCAGG